AUCUACUGGUUCUGCUGUCGCUAGAGGCGUACAGGGCCUUCCCGACCGUAGCGAGGGUGCUGCUGCGCUGGGGGAAGGAAAACGCCGCUUUGACUGUGCCUUGUUCUCACAGCUGGCGGGAAGCAAGCGCCUUUUCGAAAGCCGGAGGCUCGAGUGACCCCUCUUACCACCGUUAUGGCAGUCCCAGGUUGCAACAAGGACAGUGUCAGAGCAGGCUGUAAAAAAUGUGGCUACCCUGGUCACCUGACUUUUGAAUGCCGUAAUUUUCUCCGAGUAGACCCUAAAAGGGACAUAGUUUUGGAUGUCAGCAGUACAAGUAGUGAAGAUAGCGAUGAAGAGAAUGAAGAACUGAAUAAAUUGCAGGCAUUACAGGAAAAAAGAAUAAAUGAAGAAGAGGAAAAAAAAAAAGAAAAAAGCAAAGAAAAAAUCAAAUUGAAAAAAAAAAGGAAAAGGGAAGCUGUAUCCACAGCCCUCUUCUGUAAUAGCAUUGCAGCCAUGAGAGCUCUCACGCUUUCAGCCUUUCCAUAA